CCCUGGACCCUCUACACCGACACCACCUUUUCUCAGACCAUACGCAGAACUCGGGAGGAGAGACCAGCGAUGGAAUUCCAGUCAAAUGUGAUCAGCUCGCAGCCCCAGAUCUCCGUCACACAGUACACCGUGUCAAACGCACAAUCCGAUUGGAGUUCAAACGUGUGCGACUGCUGUGACGACUGUGGCAUCUGUCUUUGUGCAACAUUCAUCCCUUGCAUCCUGGGCUGUAAGGUGGCUCAGGACAACGGGGACAGCUGUUGCCUGCCCUUCCUUCCAGGCGCCAUGAUUGCUCUGAGGACGAGCAUCCGCGGCAGAUACCACAUUGAAGGCUCGGUGUGUGACGACUGGGUAAUCAUGGCCUGCCUGCCGCUGUGUGGACUGUGUCAGAUGGCACGUGAGCAGAAGAGGAGAAGAUAAAAAAGAUUGGACGUUAAAUCUGACUUAAAAAAUGACAACAAAAAUAAAUGCAAAUAAAGAAUAUUUGGUCAAUAAGAAGGAAGACUUGAAACGGGUCGCACAAUUUAAUGGAAGGAAAUGAAAAAAUCUAAAUUUUAAAUCAGGCCUCUUAAAUCAUCAUCAUCAUCAUUUACUAACUGUGAUGAAAUUGUGUUAAAGGUGAAUUUAUGCAUUUUUUGGAAUUAAAUAAUACUUAAACAUUGCUUUCCUUGCAUAAAAUAUUAUUCAAUAAUGUAUAUCAUCUGGAAGUGAUCAACUAGAAUCCGACCAUUCAGGAUACAGAAACGCUGGAUUGGGACCUUGUGACUGAAAGAAAAAGAAAAAAGGUUGCAGCCAUGUUCCUCUUUCUGAUUUACUGUGAACUCCAGAUUUCCACGGUGCAGCACAAGCAGCUCGUUCAGGACGCAAGGUGAGGUGAACAACAUUCACUUUUAAGGUCAAGCCGUAGAAAAUAAUGGUAUUAACUUCAAAGUCAAAUGUAGUAAUGUUGUUGGAUUUUUCUGAUCACAAUGAGAGACUAACUGUUUGUGUGUGAGAUUAUUAUAUAUUAUUAUAAGAGGGUAACUUCUCAGAGAGGAUUAAUGUUAUUCGCAGAAAAUGUUUUUUUAGGGAAAAAGAUGUUUAAGAUAAAAAAUAUCUAUAUAAAUGUACGUAUAAAUGUAGGAGGAUGGAGGAUUAUUAGAACAUAAAAUGUACAAGCAUGAUUGACUAAUGCAAUUGUCACUAAUGAACAAAAUGUUAAAAUAAUUUGGUUGUCUUUUACUUUAGUCUUUUACUUUAUUUUCUGUGAUGGUCAGUAUGUGUCAAAUAACAAAGAAAAAGAAAAGUCAGGCGCCAGAGGAGGAACACAAGCCCAGAGAGAAAAGGGAUAUGAGAUAUAUUUAAAGAGGAACCCAGAUACGAAAUAAAAUACCUCAGACGGGAUUUUGUUACAAAACACGGAAACGUGGUGAAACCGUAUUUUUGGAUUGAGUUUGGAUUUAGGAGACGUACGGGCAGGCUUCACACACACAGAUACUGCAAUCAAGCAGUGUUCACUAUUCCAAGAGGGUUAUUGGUUCAAAUAAUGCUGUAACAAUGUAAUAUAACUUUUACACCGGAGACGAACAGCAGCCCCGUGUUUGUUUGAGCCGCCACACCUUCUGUUAUGCUGCGUUAACAAUGGCCUCUCGAGUCACUUGCUCCGCAUGGCGGUUGCUGAAAUGCGUCAAAGUGCUCUGCCCAAAAGCAGAACAAAAACGUUCCCACGCGUUGCAUGGGCCAUAGUUUGAAGAAAAAUGACCACGUUGUUUCCUGUUGACUGGACUGUAGGCUCCAAUGAAGUGCGUCUUGAUGGUUCCAGUCCUCUGCAGCGCUCUGAGGGAACAUUCUCCUCUCAGAAGCACUUCCCUUUCAGCCUCUGCCCUGGAUUUCAUGAUGCAAAUAGGAAAAUUCCAUUCAAUUCACUGACAAACUCGUUCAGUGACAGUAAGCUGGUGAACGAGCUUUUAAUAGCACUUAAUAGUCCAGAAAGCAGCAGUGGAAGUUGAAAGUCAAGGCCAACCAAGACUAAUUUGAUGACUUUUACAUUUUGUUGUUGUCAAGUCGUAAUGCAGUGUGUUUGGUGUGUGAGGUAAAAUGACUGUGUUUUACAUUGGAAUCUUGCGACUUUUGGGAGAGUAUAUUGAAUGUAUGUUUUGUAAUUAUAUUAAUUGUUUUAAAAGGCCCACAUGUAUAAAACGGUUUACUUUGUUUUGAUAAAUGCAAAAUUGAUACUGCUGCUUGGACUUAUUAUUAUUAUAAUUAUUAUUAAUAGGAGUUAAAACAUAAACAAAACAAACCUGCACAAUUUUUGGAUCCAUCGUUCCCAGGAAGCAUCCUUGACUUUGUAGAAAACCCUUUUAAUUUGAACAAUAUGUGUACGUUAUU